CCGGUUCUCCGGAAAGACGCAAAUAUUUACAAAUUCUUACUAUCUUAUUGUUUACCACUUAUGUAAUACUUGACAUGCGACCAUAUGAUGAGCUACGACAAACAACCAAAAUCAUGAUUAUAUACUUGGUCAGAAUCAUGCAAGAUGGUAACCUCACAGCCUAAACAUGUAACAAUUGACUCCGUGCUAAUGGAGGUCCUGCAGAAUGGAUAACUCAGGGUUUAUGUCGGUGAACCUUGGGGUUAACCUGGCUAGCAGUUCAGCGUCCAAUAGCGGUCAAUUUGUUCAGCAGUUGCCUGCCAUACAGCAGAUAUUUACCCAUAAUGCCACAGUUAAGCCAAAUGAUACGCCACACAAUGUAAUACAGCAAACCAUCCUUCCAGUGAGUGGACAAGCCUGUAGCCAGUCUGUAUUGGCUGGUAACCAACCCAUGCUCGCUGGAAACCAAUCUUUGAUAGCCGGGAACCAACAGAUCUUGACCCAGACUGGUUUACAGUUUCUGAGUCAUUCACCGCAAUCUGGUUUAUUUGGAGCUCAGCAGACGCUUCUAUCAGAUCAGCAACAUGCUGGACAGAUCAAUAUGGGUGGUCGAGGACUGGUUGGCAGCAGCUUCCAACUGGUUCCACGUAACUACUCCGUAGUGAACCAGUCUGUGCAGGGAACCAAUGUGGCCCUGCAUUUAAGCCCCCAACAGCUGGGCACUGGACUGGCCCCUAAUCUGUCCCCUAUAGAGCAGCAGCAACUUCUUCAACCCCAGACCUUUGACCCCGGCUUGGCAGCUCUGCAUGGCCAACAACAACAACAGGUGGCCUUCCAGAAUGCUGCGGGCCAGUUGAUGUUACAGAGCCCACCACAGCAGCAGCUGAUGUUGUCCUCCCCAGGUCAGCAGUUUACCAUCCAGAGCCCUGGACAGCACUUCAAUCUGGGUUCCCAAGCCCAGUUCCCCACUCCAGGACCAGCAAUGGCACAGUUCACUCCCCAGGGGCAGCUUUUAACUCAGACCCAGGGUGGUAACCUUCUUCUCCAGGCUCAGAAUGGCUCCAUGAUUGUACAAGGAGAGAACUUCAUACCAGGUGCAAUCAAUCAAGGAGUUUUCAUACAGAAUCCUGUCAUACAUAAUGCUAACCAACAGUUGUAUGCCUCUGCACAGAAUGUUUUGAGUAAUAACCAAAUUCAAGGGGUGUUUUCGCAGUCACCAAUGCUGACCAAUCAGAAUGUAGGAUUAAUUUCUAUCAACCAAGCGCAGCAAGGGAAAUGUUUUGGUAACCAAAUGGACAAAGUUGAAGCAAUGAACCCUGGUGUGAAUAUUUUAAACCAACAGAUGCAGCUGCUAGCUCAGAUUGCACAACACUCAUCACCAGAUAGCCAGCAACAACACCAUGUGCUCUCCAACCAAGUUAAACCUGGCCAGCAAACUAUAAACUUAGUUAACCAGUCACCAACCAUGUCAAAUAACAUAAAUCAAAACCAGUCUCUACCAAGUUUUGGACAUUUCCUCUUACAUCACCACAUGCAGAGCUUACCCCACCCAUUCCUGCAGAACCUAAGUAUAACUACAAGUUCUGCAAUCAACCCAGUAGGAGGAAAGCCUGAAAACCAAAUAGAGCCAAUUCAGGGCGUAACCGUGUCACCUGUUGAUGUGUCAAGUCUGAAUGCUCAGUUCAACAGUUGGAAUAAGGGACAGGUUCAAGGCAGAGUUAGAAAAAGAAGUGGGAGUGUACAAUCUAGUACUGUCAGUACACAUUUACCAUCAGCUGCUCCUUCCGCUGUCGCAAAGGCAGCUGUUCAGACCGCUAGUUCAACAUCAACAGUCGUACACAAGUCGUGCAAACCAGUUUCAGUCACCAAGACUACAUGUAGUGUGGCUUGUCGGACAAAUGUGGCAGUUGAUAGUGAAUGUCUUCCACCGGCAUUGUUGAAAACAUUGCCAGUGUUACCUGAGACAAAAACACUUCCACGUGAGUGUGGAACAAGCGCCGAACCCAAACCUGUCACGGUACCACAUGGCUGGCUCAGGACUGUGGAAAACAACACCGUUGUAUACUACAGUCCAACCAGUGAGAGACUGAUGUGUAAGGAUUCGGUGCGUCAGUACCUGUUAAGUGAUGGCACCUGUAAAUGUGGGCUCCAAUGUCCCCUUCAUAUGGAUGCAGUGUUCAACUUCAGGGCUGAUGUGGGCACGGCGCUACCUACAACACUAGAGGAUCACCUACCAGGCACACACUUGUGUAAAUAUCGGGCUCAGAAGUCAGUCACGUUACAGUUGGCAUUAACUGUGGGUGUGUCAUCCCAGUUGUCCCUAGCAACCAAAUCUGAUGUUUCCAUGGUUACCAGCAGUGGAAUGAUGUCACCAAGGGUCUCCAGCACCGUGCAGGAAACACACUUGGAUAACUCCAGCUCUAAAAUUCCACAAGGCAGUGAGGUGCGCGAUGACAUUGGUGUUCCAAUAAGUUCAGAACAUGUUGGAGACACAAAUAGUGUAAACCAGCCCUUGGUGUCAGAUGCAGUCUCUAGCAUGUCACACCACACAGAAUCUCAUGGACAUAGUGAUAGUGGUGAUAAACUUCCAAUGGAAUCUGAUAUUCAUACGCAGACUGGUUGUGAUGAACCUGUCAGUGUUACAAUACAGUUGUUACAGUCUGGGGAUAACCGGACUCUAAAUGUAAAUAGUGUUGAUUUACCUAGUUCUACAAAGGAGGGCAACACCCACAGUAUUAAUAUUGCGGGAAAUGAUGUUUGUGUAUCAAAUAGUAAUAGAUGUGAACAGAAUGUCUCAGAGGUGGACACUAUCUCUAAAACGCACUCGGCCAUUGCUGCAUGUCUGUCAGCACCAUCUAAUUUGGACUUACGACCACCACAUAUGUCAAGAACAUUAGACUUUAGAAAACCAUUAAAACCUUCAGAAGAUGGCUCAAACAAAGUCAGAAACACAACUGUGGGUCUGACAAGAGAAGGAACAAAAAGUGUCUCAAAACCUGUGCUAAAUAAAACAUUGUCUCCCAAAGUAAGAGAAACAUUAUCAAACAGUGGACUAGCAAAUUCAGUGACAAUAUUUCAGGGAGAUGCUGGUCCAGUGCCAGAUUUCUCCCAUAUAUCACUACCAGGUGCUGUUAAUCGUAUCUUAGACAAAGAUUCAGACUCGGAACUAAGCAUUCAAACCAUUCACCCAGGGAUUGGAGCUGUUCCCUGCCCGAGCUUAAAAUCACCAGUUGUUUCACCAAAUGUUUUCAACUCCUUCCAAGCCAAUCUAUUGGCCAAUCUUCACAAGCUCACUAGUCCCCCAAACCAGCAAGUCUUCCCUCCAGAAAUCCCCGCUUCAUCCAUCCCUCUGGCCUAUACUCACAGUGCUAUUUCCAGCAAGAAGGUUUCCCUUCCAUGUGCAUCACCAGAGCUUAGUGUUCAGCCAAUUGUUAGUCAGUUUGUUAGUCAGCAUUCCAACGGAACUGGGCAAAUAAUGGACCUUGCUUUACUGAGAGAGAAAUUGAAGGAGUAUCGAUCAGCUUCAAAAUCUGGAGAAGCUGUUAAGUUGGAAAGUGUUUAUGACAGCGAUGGACCACCCCCAAAUGUGGAUGUCAGUGUGCUUAAAGACAAAGGCCACGGGCCGAUACCUAAAGAGUUAAUAAUGAUGGCCACUAGUAAAAGCAGCUUGGCGUCUAACACUUCUGACGUCUUUAACGGCACCAUAUCUUCAACUUCCUCCAGUCCAAGACCAGAUGACUCAAAACAGAUUGAGGUGGAAACUGAUUCUCAAGCAAAUGUGAUAAGAUCAGAUUCAGCCUGUUCUGACAGACUCCCUGUCGCAAGUCCAAUAACCACGGAAAAUAACUCAAAUGCUCAAGAAGAUGGCAGUAAAAUAUGUGCCACUAACCCGCAAAUUUCAAACAAUAUUACAACUGCAACAUCAGAACAAUCAAGACAAUCCAAUAAAGCUCUUGUAGAGGCUUCUGUGAAGUCAAACAUGCUUGUUGAUGUCAACCAAUGCGCUCCAACUGCAAGUUCUCCACCCACCCCAUCAACUGUGGUGCACCACACCCCUACCCCUAUUACCUCUCUAGCUCCCACCCCCCUGACAUGUCAUCAGCUAUCCCUAAACAAGGCCAGACAGCAGACUAAGGCACAGAAAAUCCAGACACCCACAAUGUAUGAUCUGCUAAAUGACGCUAGUAUAUUGAGCCCUCUUGCGGCAAUCCUAAGCAACCCAACUAUUUGUAACGCAUUUAGGCAUAUGUUUCCUGAAGUUAUGCAAGAGGCUGUGUUAAAGUCAAUGGGUGCUUUAGAUAGCUCACCUGUCUCCAGUGAACUACCAGUAGGAGCUGCAACAGAUAUGUUACUGAAAGCUUCAGGCAAUUUUGUCCAAAGACUGCCAGGUUCGCUGCACUUUAAUGCUGAUAAACAAAUUACUACUUCAGUACCUACUGAUGCUAAUCUCUCUCAGAAAAAGUCAUUCUCAGCGCAGGAUUCUAUGAAUUCAGCAACCGGGGAGUUCCCGGCAAGUUCUUUACUUUCUGCUGCUGCUAAGGCACAGUUUUUUCAGCAACAGAACUAUCUCAAGAUGCUUAUAAACCAACAAGUACAAAUACAGCCUGACCUCGUAACUGGACAAACAGUGUUACCACAGAGCACCAUGUCUGUUAACCCAGUUUCAACAGUACAGCCUUCUGCUUCAGUUGCACAAACUAGUCCAGAUCUUACACUCUCAACAAACACUGAAAGUUUGAAAUCUGUUAAAGGUCCCUCAAAGAUAUCUGAACUUCUGAAUAGGGCGGGGCCAAUACAACAGAGCCAGUCUUCUGGUAUAACACUAGCACCAGCGCUAGUACAACAAAUUCAGCACAAACCUCGACCACCCCAGCAAUUACUGCAACCGCAGACAUCAGCCAGCAAUGCUCACAUCCAGUCACAAAAUCCUGUUUCUGCUGGUGUACAUCUUCCCAACCCUUUACCCGGUAGUCUGGUUAUAAGUCCGAGUAUGCCCUCAAGCAUGGCAGGAAAUCUCUUGAUAAGACCACAAGGACCUGAAAACCAACCAGCUUUGGCUCCAAAUGUCCUUCAGAUGUUUGCUUCAGUGGGUCUUCCAUUUCAGGCAUUCAACGUUCAAGGUCCUCAAGGUGGUAAGCCAGUCGUUUCAACGUCUGAUUUAUUGCAACUGCAAAAUCUUCUUCAGAAUUCAAACAAGCUGCAUCCAGAUGUUCCACUUCUACUUCAGAGUCAGCAGCAACAAAUGCAACACCCCAUGAACAUUCAAAAUGUGCAAAACAUGUUACCAAACAUGGGAGACCACGGGGUUAACCCAGCAAUGCUAAAUUUGGCUUCAUUGCAGCCAACAUCAAUUGGACUGCAAUUACAGAAUCAGCUGCAUUCAACUAAUGUGCAAAGGGUAUCCAUACCUCAACUCGUUUUGGGAAGUCCACCAAUUGAGAUGCCAUCAAGACAGAACCAGGCCCAAGUUCUUGGCACAGGUCAAAUAAAUCAUCCUGGUAAUGGAAUGCCUGUGAAUUUGAUCAACAUUCAUCAGAACCUGGGCAAUGGCACAAAUCUUCAAGGGAUGCCAUCACAGACUGGCAACCAGACUGGAGGAAUGGCUCAAAUGCAGAUGAACAAUACAAACAAUGUGGCCAUACAACAAAUUCAUCAGCCUAACUCGAGUCAGCCUUCGGGUCCAGUGCAUGCAAACAGUGGGCUUGCAUUUCUGCAACAGCUUCAGCACAACUUGAACUCCAUUCCUGUCCAAGUCAGCAGUGGAAACAAUCUAACAGCCAUGCAUAUUCAAGCCCUACAGCUUCAGCAACAACUACUUCAACAGCUACAGCAGGUUCAGGGUAUGCAGACUCUUAUUAACCAAUUUAAUAUACAAGGGCUCCAACCUGGAAAAAGUGUUUCAACCAGUAAAAGUCAGCUCACACCUACUACAGCAGUGGCAGUUUCUCAGUCUUUUGCGACUUCAACUUGUGUCCCUGUAGCUUCGUUAAAUACAGUUUCUACUUCUCAAGCAUUGGCUGGUAAGACAGUAGCACCAACAUCUGUGUUUAAUUCUUGCCCUGUUACUGAUGCAGCAUUGCUAGUACCUUCUGCAAAUGCAACAAGGGAGCCUACAAGAGUAAUAGCUGCAGCUGAUACAACUGAGGAAUGUAGCUCUUCUGCUAAAACUUGUGAUAUUGGAACUGAAACAGAUGCAGUAGAUGAUGAAGAUGUGAAAGAUGAAAAUGAUGAUGAGGAGGAGCCUGAAGAUGAAGAGGACUCUGAUCAAGACAUAAACGAAAAGGAAGAUUUUUCAACUGAGGAAGACAAUGAUAAAGUUUGUGAUGAUAAUGAAAAAGAUGAUGUUGAACAAUAUGAUACUGCCAGUGGUGAUACCGAUGAAAGUGCUGAAAGGCUGGAUUCUACCAAUCCUUUGUUGGCUCACCUUAGUAAUGCAGAUAGUAGGACUAUUGUUUCUGAAGGUUUUACAGAUGUUAAAGAGCUCUAUAAAGCAUCUGUAAGUUCAAAGGUAGAUGAAACAUCAGGACAAACCACAACAGUAGAACAACCAGUAAAGCCGAUCACAACCUGUCUUGCUAUAGCAACAGAGAAAGGUAAUAGGUCCAGAAAGCAGAAAUCAAGCCUUGCCAAAAGUCAGAACCUAUCCGCAGAACUGUCUAUUCCAAGUGAGGGAGAAUUGAAACUAAAAAUCAGAAAAAGACACCUAACUUUAAGCAAUAACAUUAAAGGGCCAUUCAGAAAUAGAAAAAGAAAUAGGAAAAAACAAGUACCUCACCAGUAUUUUGAAAGGAAAGAGUUACGGUCAUCUACACAGGCUGCAACUAAAGCUUCGUCUAUGUUAGCAGCUUCAACAUUAACUGAACUGAAAUCUAAAGGUGAAAAUGAAGAACCCCAAAAUGAAGCAAAUAGUGAUCAUGUGAAAGAAGUGGCUUUACAAUCUAACCAAGGUAAUGUGAAUCAUGAAGAAUACAUUUGCAAGAAAUCCUGGGAAGUUGAUAUUGAGUGUGAUUCUUCAUCAAACCAUGUGGAUGAGCUGACUGAUAACAUAGACACAGAAAAUAGUGAACAGAAUGAACUUAAGUCUAAGAUAGCAGCAGCAUUGUCGAGCCAAAAAGGUUGCUGGCUCCUGUCAAGUCCAAAAAAGAAACAAGAAGAACAGAAUAAAUCCACAUCUCUAGGAAGUGUUGAGGUCAAGCUUGGUUUGAAAGGCCUGAAGCGGUCACGGCAGAACUUUGAACAGAACACUGCAGGCACUGAUGGAAGCCAAGUGGAAGAUGCAGAUCAGGAAACGGGCAGCCCUGUAACCUCAUUCAGCCCUGGUGACCUUGUGUGGGGUCAAAUACGAGGUUUUCCCUCCUGGCCUGGAAAACUGGUCUAUAGUGAUGACAAACAUGGACUGGUGCCGGAUGAUGGAAAGGUGUUGGUCCGUUGGUUUGGAGACAACACUGUGACCCAGGUGGAGCCAGAAAAACUGAAGACCCUCUCUCAGGGCCUUGAGGCCCACCACAGGGCAAGGAAAAAACACAGAAGGGGCCGAAAGAUGAACAGCCAUCUGGAACAAGCCAUCCAGCAAGCCAUGAUUGAACUGGACAGACAGACGAACAGUGGAGAGGCGGACGGGCAGACAAACACAACAGGGAUGGAAGGAAAUACAUCUAAGGCUUAAGUCACCAAAUAGAGAAACCUACAAACAGGUUGCCCAUAUAAAAUCCAACAAAUUAAAAUAAAAAUGUCAUUCUGUUUGCAUUUUAAACACGGUGUCUUUACAGUACAGCGUUAUAAAAGCAGUUAACCCCAUAUAUUCAAGUCAUUACUGCCAUUGACUUCCAGGGUUUACAGUCCGGGAUGAAAGUUCAAAUUGUUCACACUGCACUGUUUUCUUUGUAUUAUACAGAGAAUUAGAAGAACGAGGUAGAAUAAAUGAAAAUGUUAAAAUGAAAUUUGUUUAAGAAUGGUUUUUAGGAAGCUUAUUUUUACUUUUGUUGGCGUCAGUUUUGCAUCAUGUUAUUUGUGAAAUAUUGUUCAAAAAUUGUUUCGGGUAAAAUUGAAGAUCAUGUAUUUGGAACACCCUUGUUGGUGUACCCCUUGUUGGGUAUGGUGAUAUCAUGUACAAGUUGAAGCAUUAUGAUUGUUCAUGCUACAUGUUUGUGUUCUUUGAAUAAGGUCAUGUUGAUUUUUGUGUUUAAUAGGCAUUUUGAUCUCUGAACAAAAUUCAUAAGAAAAUGACAGAGGUUGUUCAAGACUUGAUUUUUUCCCCAUGUUUUCUUUAUGAUGUUUUGUGAAAUAUUGUCACAGAAUUUAUUUAUUGUCACAGAAUUUAUUUAGUUUAGCAGAAAUGUUUGUCGUUAAGUGUUCUUUAUAAGGAUUUGUUAUUGAACCAUAUUUACUACAUAUGUUUUUGUUUAAGACAAUGAGAUUUUUAAUUCAUGAAAUGGUGAGGCAUAAGUGCUAGAAAUACUAGAAUAAUAAUGUCAUGUAGUUGCUACAUGACUCCAUGGCUGUUAACAUUGCAUUGCAUGAUUGUAUGUUUAAUACUGACAGAGAUGGCCCUUCUUUAUUUGUGGUAUUCGAGGUUUUAAGAGGUUUUUCGGGGUUACAUGGGAGUGAUACAUGGUAUGCUGAAAAGUCAAAAUUAGGUUGUAUUUGGUCCACAGACUCUCACAUGCCUGAAUCCUAGUUGUAAUAUAGAAUUGGGGUUAAUUAUAAGAGUUAAUUUGUACAAAUGAGGGGAUGGGGGCUAUAUCCUCAAUGUAAAAUACAUGAAGUGAAGUACGUCGAGAGACAUGAACUUCCAUACAUCAGAGGAGAACUUCCAAUAUGGAUGUCAAGGAAGUUCAUACUUCCAGUUUCAAAUUCUUAAUGGAAACCCAGGGUCACCAUACUCUCUUGUUUUCUUCCAUUUGUCAAAUAAUAAUGCAACAAUUCAAAUGGCAGAAGUUUAUAAGGAAUUGUUCAGAUAAAUGUUUGUUGUUUUUGUCUUUUUACAUUCAUUCUUUUAUGACAUGUCGUUUAUAUAUUAUGGAGCGAUAUUUUACGGACUUGAACCAGUCCUAAAUGAGGUUGUGCAAAAUUGGAAUUAAUAUCUUAAUUUUACUUAUAUAGUGUUCAUUUAUAUUUUAUUUGUAAAUACAUGUGUAUUUCAGUGUUAUAUACUGAUUGCUUGUUUCUCAGAUUCGUGCCAUAUUGUUCAUUGCUGUUAUAUUUUCCGCAAAUUGUUAAUGGUCUGUAGUUAAAAUGACGAAAUACACCAUACCAAGAUAUUACUAUAUUUUAAAUUGUUUCUCGUUUUAUGAAGUUGAUCUGAUUUGUUGUGUUGUGUUUAACCUAAACUACUCGUAGCUUAAUCUAUUGCAUAAUGGUUAUAUAUAUCAGGAAUAUGGUUUGCCACAAUUUUUUAUAAAAAAAAAUUUGUUUCUUCAAAUUCAAAUAAUAGAUAUAAAACGGUUUUAUAAUAGUUUCCUAUCAACAACUUCCAUAAUGUCACUUCAAUGCUCACUGUUGACGUCUUGUUGUGUAAAUAAGCAUAGUUUAUAUUCAUGUUACAUGUUACUGUUACAGUUUGUAUGCAAAAUUGUACAUUGUGAUGUCUCCGAAAUCAAAACCUGCGCUCUAGUGUACGGAGCUGAUCUCGUCACCUUAGUGCAAUAACUCAAUAUCUGCUUCUAUUUCUAUAUGCAGUAAUUGAGUUAUUGCACUGAGGUGACGAUCUAUUUGUGCUAUAACUUUGCUUCCUUAAAUUAUUACAAUAAUUAUUCUUAAACAAACACUGAGCAUACAAAUAAAUGAAAAUAACAUUUACAUUUAGACAAUUGUACAGUUGUAAAGAAAACAUUUUUGCUCGGACAUUUGCAUGUAGGAACAGUAGGAAUUACCUUAAAUAUAAGACUUUGGAAACAAUUCCAAAAGAAAGUUAGAGCCCCUUUACCCUGCUUUGGGCAUGAACCCCUCAUACUUAGGCCGAUUCCUGGCUAUCGUUCAUGUUUUACAAGUAUCAGCUGUUAGAACCUGUGAUUUUAAAAUUCAAAAUUAAAAGGAAUCAUGUUUUUUUGCUCCACAUACUGACAGCAAAUAGUCACCUUUUUGUCUGUUCUUCUGUCAAAUGGAUUCACCCUUGAGGGGAGAAUAACUUAAAAACUAUGAUGGAAUUUCAAUGAAAUUUAAAACGUAGACAGAGGGCAGUAUGUACAAGUUUGUGUGCACGAACCAUAAUCCUAGCAUCAGUCAUUGUUGAAUUAUCUCCCCAUUUCUCUUUUACAAAAUGCAUUAAUAAAGAAGGUGCUUGUGCAGACCACAAAAAGGCGCUAAGGCCACUGUUUUUUUUAUUCUACAUUUUACAAACCCGCCCCUUGAGAAAUAAAAAAAUAGGAAAAAAAUAAUUGAAAAUUCUACUUUUUUUUAUUUCCAAUGCUGUGAUUUGGAAUCACAUCUCUCAAAAUUAAAUUAAAAUUAAGUGUGCAAAAGCUUCAAUUCUGCCUUCCAUGUUCACUAAACUCCCCUUUACCAUAUUUUCAUACAUAUUUUUUGUCUGCAGCUUGACUCGAAUGUCUUAGUUAUUCACUUUAAACUUAGAUCAAUCUAAUUUCAGAGAAGUGCAGUUCACAGGAACGAGUACUCCGUAUGUGGUAUUUUUAGAAUGAUUGCCCUGUGUUCAUUUUAUAUUUGUUUUUUUCGUCGGGAGCAUAACUCUUAAAGUCUUUGUGGUGUUGACUUCAUGUUAGAUUUAUUGCCCUUUGUACAUUUUUUAAGCAUGAAGUCUUUGUUGUAAAAACCUCAAACUUUAUACACAGACAAUUAGGAAGACUGCAGUGAAUUAAAAACAUAACUGUUGUUAGUAUUUUAACAAUAAAUGCCCUCAGUUUAUUUAUAAACUUAUUUUUUGUAUGGAGCGUGUUCUUAUGACUUCCCUGGCUAAGGUAACAAACAUUAAAGAUUCUUCUUUACUUAUUUUGCCUGAGAAAUUGUCCAAUAUGCACUUCUUUCCAAAUUCUUCAUGUCUGCUAUAGUAAUUGUGAAUUGGCUUCACAGCGUUUCCAUGAGAGCUCAUGUCUUCUGGUGCAUAUAAUAUUUAAUUUCCAUCAAAGGGUGGUAUCUGUUCAACUUUUUGUAUAUAUAUUGAGUGAAACAGUGAAAAUUGUUUAUUUCCUUAUUUGUAUAUUUGAAAUGUUUAUAUGAGGUAGAUUUCUUAAAUGCUUGUCUGUGCAAUAAAUCCUAUAUUCCUACAAAAAAUGAUUGUAAUAUUUUUUCUCUAUUUUUGAGAAUGUCUGUUGUGCUGCUAUUCCGUUUUUACUCAGUGCUUCAUUGUUCUUAUAAACUUUGCAUUCUUGUGUUUGGAAUUUGUGUUCAAAAAAUUGAAUAUUGUUGUAAGCUUGUCCACUACUUUUGUUCUGAUGAAAAAAUAGGUAUUGUCAUGUCAUAGGUGCCUGCAGAGAAAUGGAAAGAACUUUAUUCAAAAACUGUGCAAGAUAUUCAUAUGAAAUUUAGAAUUUAGCACUAACGUUUACAUUUGGAACUCCUUGGCCAUUUUCCAACGAAAACAACCUCGGAUGUAUGCUGGUACAUCACAAGAAGUAGUUUGUUUAAUUAAAAGAUAGUAUUAAUUAAUAAGUUUAACAGCUAAAUUUAAAUUACGUGAUCAACUUGCAGUGAAGUUAAAUGUAAACAUUUCUGACAUGUAAACCGUCCAUAUACAUCCGAGGUUGUUUUCGAUGGAAACUGUUUAGAUUGACAUUUUACUUCCUUAUGAUUUGCUAGGCCCAUCAAUUUAUCUAGCGUAAUUGUUGAGUGAUUCCCCUUGUAUGAUUGAGAAUAAUGGACGAGCACUGCCAUCUACCUUCGCUGCUCUAGCUCACUUCAUGUUGAAAAUGGCUUGAUAUAUGUUGGGAAAUAAUGCUGGGGAUUUGUUCAUAUGUCUUUGCAGUAUACAAAACAUGUAUAUAUUUUUAUUUACUUGAAUAGAUGGACAUUGGAGUUGCUUGAAAAAUGAUGAUUCAGUUUGGUAAAUUAUGUUACCUGAUUUGAGAAUAUGUGUUGAAAAACCCGGUGGAGAUGUUUUAGAAUGAUUGGAUCGAACCUAGGGAGUAAAAUACAAAUAUUGCUUGUUUACUUUGAAAAUGCCUGAAUUGUUGAUUGAUAUAUAUUAUAUGUAGUAACAUACUAUGCGAAGUGCUAUAUUAUUUCUCUCAUUUUAAAGAGAAUUUAUUUUUUUGCAACUUAAAUGUUUGUUUUUUUCAUAAGUAGCUGAAAAAAAGUAGCUGAAAAAAGUAUUUGUAUUUUAUCAGGGCUUACUCAAUAUUUUUAAAGGUCUCAAAGUACAUGUGUACACAUAUUGAUUUAUAACGAUUAUAAUACCAAUUUUUCAAAGGUAUCUGCCUAUUUAUAUACAUUAAACGUUUCCUUGUUUUAAAUUAUGGUGUUAUUUUAUUCUUAACAUGGGUAUUUUACUUUUAUAUUGGAUUUGGAAAAUUUUGCUUUUAUAAAGAGAUGGAUAUUUUUUGUCAUAAGACAUCAGUGGGUAUUCAGUAGACACUAUUGUAAUGGGUGCUCACACUGCAAGCUUGAUACCCUAUUUAAGAGGCAUUUAUUUGUGUUCAAAGAAAUGUCAGUUGAGUUUUUAAUUAACACCAUUGUUGUGCCAUAGAUAUAUGUGUGAAAUAUUUUCAAUACUAACUGUAUGUUUGAGCUUAUAAAGGCUUAUAUGACGUUGUUUAAAUCUCCACAUACCAAUAAAAAUCACAACCCAG